UAAUAUGACCAAAUUAAACCCAAUAAUUUGAACAUGUAUAUAAGGUCAUUUGAAUUAAUAAAUAAUACACAAUUACAAUAACAAUUCACAAUACACUUAAUUAACACAUUACUAACGUACGUUUAACUAACUAAUGAGGAGGGGAUGUCUCGAUCGGGGGAGGGGAGAUUCCGCAGCUUUGGGACCUGGAGCCGCGAUCGACGCCGAUUUGGAGCAGCGCCAUUUGAACUAGGUCGAUCUGGUGAAGGCUCGUCACAUGGCAGGGCUUGGCGGCGAUUUGAUGGCUUCAGAAGAUCAGCCGACUGGGAUUCUUCUCAGCGACGCGACCAUGCUAGAUCCGACUGCGCUUGGCGAUUCAAUGACCUUGUGGACGGGAGUAAUCAUCACUUUGACGAGAGGUGGAAUUACUUUGGACAAACAGAUUUUCCGGCGAAACGACGGAAUUGGGGGAGUGAUUGUUCAGUGAGAGGCAUCAACUCAGCAGUCAAGGGUGGUGUUCAUUUCCGGCAAAUUAAGGAUGCGACAGUUCUUAGGCAUGCAUCAGCUUCAUUCAGGGAUGAUCCUAAAGGAAAGUUUCAUUACCAUCAAAACUCUACUGGUAUGAUGGGGAACACGAGUUCGAUUUCUACUGGUUCGGGUCACUUUAAACGAAUAAGAAUAGAAAGCAAAAUUUUUUGUUUCUAUUUAACAUCUUCGACACUUCGAAUUAGUCAAUUCAAGGAGGGUCAAUGUGUUUCAUUAUAUCUAGAUAAGGAUGGAAUUGACUGGUUAUGUGAUGCCAUUUGUUUCCUUCAAUCUGAUAGCUCUUGGAGAAUCACUAGGUAUGAAAAGUCUCGAAAGCUAAGCUUAUCUUUGGAAUCAAAUAGAUUUGGGGGAUUCUAUCGCUUAGUCGUAUUUGAUAACAGGGGAAGAUAUACUAUUAUUAUACCUGAAGGUAGAAAUGCAGUAGGAAUUGAACUCUUUUAUUCGACUUUAAGCCAGGUCAGUGGCGGAACCAGACUAUUUUGUUAGGGAGGGCGAUAAAAUAUGUUAAGAUCCUAUGUUAAGCCGGGUCAAAAUUAUUGAUAAUUUGUAUACAAGGAAAGUUACUUAAAUAGGGAUAAACAAGUUUUAAAAUUCUAAAAUUAGACUGUCAUGUAUUUGUUUCCUAAAUAUGAGUAAUUUCUAUCAUGUUUGACAUUACUAUGCUUUAAAUAUGAUAUUUCUUUUCAAACAUGACAAAAUUACUUUUAUUAGUGAUUAAAAACAUGAGAAUUCUAAUUUGGAACUUCAAAACGUUUUUACUCCUAUUCAGUGCUUUCUAUAAAAUAUCCCCGUAUGAGAUUAUGUAUAAAUUAUAUGCAUGUUAUUGGAAUACAUAUGUAUUAAGAAUGUUAUCUUUUGGACGGAAAUUUAAUGAUCUGGUCUGAACUGGUCUGCUCUAGUCUGGUAAAUUUAUUUUAUAACAAUGAAAGUCUGAUCUGGG